AUGGCUGGGAAAGACGAUGUCGAGGCGAAACCGCCCUGUCAUCCCCGUGCAUGUGCAAUCCAAGACUGCCUGACGAAGAACAACUACAACGAGGCCAAGUGCCAGGAGGUGAUUAAGGCUCUCUACACUUGCUGCGAGUCCUUCUAUGAACGAUACGGUGACAGUGCUUCGUCUCCAAGCUGUCCCAAGCCCAGUCUGCUUCGGCUCAAGAUGAAGCAGAUGAACGGUGAGAAGUGA